CCUUUCUUCUUAUGUAUAUACCUUUGUUCGAGUCUGUUUUCAGCUUGUGAUAUUGUCAAAGGGUAACAAUUUUCCUCUUACAACAGCAUCAAGCUGUUUAAACUCACUUAAAUUGCGCGGUUUCCAAGGUAGUCUGGAAAAUAUAAGACACUUUACGUAGUCAAUAGUCCGCAAUAUGGUUUUCGACUGGCUACAACGUGCUGUCUCGCCUAUUUUCUAUCCAAUCCCCAGCCCAACGUUUUCUCCGUUAUAUCAGAAGAACACGAAAGCUCAGAAAAAGCGUAAACAUGUAGAAUAUGGCAUCGAGUUGGAAUAUGUGCUGGCAUUCCAUGAGCUAGAACUCAACCUUUCAGACCAGGAGGGGCGGAGUCCUGACCAUGGAAUCGAGAAAAAUAUCCGACUAGCCAUUCGUCGCCACCCAGCGUGGAGUCCAACAGUCAUGGCUGGCUACGAGAGGGCUUCCAAACUCAUCUACAAUAGUUGGGCCAUUCGUAUAAAUAACGUCAAGGAUAAGGAUCAAAAGCAGGAUUUGGCUAACCUAAGGCCCUAUCACCUCGAACCACAAUCAAUAGUCUUAAAUAAGUUGAACGACAAGGUUGCACAACUUAGAGGUAACGUUAGGCACAAAGGACCACAGAAAGCUUCAGAGAAGGUUCCUGGAGCCUACGACCAAUGGAUCAUUUCGACAGAUAGUACAGUCGUUGGUCAAGGUUCCUCGAAUCUCUAUAAAUGGCUGCCACGGAUCUCUGGCAACGUUUCGAAACGAUGGGAUUCUUAUGGUAUCGAAGUGAUAUCUCCAGUUCUUAGGAGUAAUAGCACUCGAGACAGGGUCGAGCUUGAACAAGUACUCAAUGCACUCAAAGGCGAAGGCGAUGAACUUUAUGAAGGCUUUAUCACAAAUCAAUGCGCCCUGCAGGUGCACGUUGAACCCCCUAGUCUGGCCGCCUUGAAGGAAUUGGCGUGCAUUCUGCUGAUAUACGAAGAUGAGAUCUCAAGGCUGCACCCUAGAUGUCGCCGUCCUGGUCAUCAGGCCACAAGAGGCAAUAUUAUUAGCAAUCGCACUUUAACGUUCCUAGGCCGCAAUUUUACCACAUUCGAGGAUAAUGUAGGAGAAGUCUGGGAUCAAAAUAUGGACGUAUCUGUCUUUAAAAAGCGCAGAACAAUUCGGCAAAUUCGCAAUGAGAUUCAUCAGCUACAGGACGAGUCGGCAGUCGCUGAUUAUAUGUGUUUUCCUGCGACAUCUAGGCUCAGGAUCGUAAACUUUCGACCAUUGAGAUAUACAAAAUUCCCACGAACAAUUGAGUUUCGACAAGCUCGUGGUUCACUUGAUAUACAUGAUGUCAAUUAUUGGGUCGAUUUCUGCGUGGGGCUAGUACAACUUGCGGAAUACUACGUUGAAAAUCCAGGCGCUAGGAUUCAAUCUUGGGAUGAAGAUCAUGAUGGUCACGUUAAAAAGCUUGAUAUAUUUCAAUUGAUGGAGGAUAUGAAUUUGGAUGAAAGGACUAUGAGAUAUUGGAGACAUAGAGUUGCUAAGCAUAUGGCGGGGAGUAAUGAGGACGACCGGACUGACAUUGAGAAUCUUCCUGUAAACAGGAAGGAGAAACCAUCUUCAAAGACUCCCUUUACAUCCAGCAUAUCUCCUGUGGUACCGCCUGGAGGACCACUGGGAGGACCAUUUGGAGGACUCUCGGGAGAGUCUCUACAACCUAAGCCUCAGUCCGAUAAAAAAGCUACAGAACCUUCCGGGGAUGGAAAAGCCAAACCAGAAUCGUCGCCUCGGCUCAAGGUGCCACCGCUGAUAUCUCCUGCUACACAGUCUGCAGCAGAAGAUUCAUCGAUAAAGAUAGAGCCUGAAAAACCCAUUUCGGAUGCUCAGGCGAGGUUUUUGGGUUUAUUAGACACCCAUGCGGAGAAGACGUCCAAUAGGCCAUUCUUUGAUGUAGACACUUCUGAGGGAUCCACCAUUCCUCCAGCAUCUCUGGUUGAUCUGCCUGAUGUGGCCAAUAUGGAAACUGUCUUACCUCGAGCUGAGGUCGAAUUUUCAUCUAGUUCAGGACUAGGACUGGAAUUCAAAGUGGAAUACCCUAAAAUACCCGGGCUUGAAUCAGACAGUGUAGUCAAAUACCCUAUACUACCGGGACUCAAACCAGAAGGUGAAGUCAAAUACCCGAUCUUGGGAAAGACCCCAAGAAGUUUUUUGUAAUGACCAUAUGCUGACAUGUUAAAAGGACAACAAGGAGCUCAAAAACGCCCGGCACUACUUCCUGGUACCAAAAAGGAAGCCGAGCCUGACGCUUCACCAGAAAGUUCGUCAUCAGACGAGGCUGCUAAUACCUGGGAUGACCCAGGUUGGAACUCAGAUGACGAUAUGAUGUUUGGAAUUUUUUCCGGUGACAUAGAUGACCCUGAACCUCCACCACCUGGAAGAUCCGCACUAGAUUCGUCAGAGUCAUCAGAGUCAUCAAGACCCUCACAAGAGCCAAAGUCAUCGGGCUCGACUGUGGUUCAUUCUAAAGCUCCAGUACCUGGUGGUCCAUCCAAAUCAUCGGCAGGCCAAAAACCCGCGGGAAAGAGACAGGCAGGGGAGCCUCCCGAGGAUAAGAAAAAUGCUAAGGAGCAGAAGACCCAAGGCGCUUCUGAGAAAACCCUCCUAGUUCCUACCACGAAAAAAAGACCCGCAGAAGAGCCUGCAGCAACUGAGAAGGAUGUGAAAAAACAUAAAACUAGUCAUAAAACCAGUGCUACUAAGACCACAGGUAAAUACACGGUCGAAGGAACGAUCGAUAUUUUAAAGCAAUUUCGCGGUUUAGAAGAGGAGGAUCUUUUUGCCGAAGUGUUAAAGGAAUUGUACGAUACAACUCCGGGGAACGUAGAGAUUGUAUCUGAGGCCUUCCAUCAAUAUACGCAGAAUCAUCGGACGCCACUGCCCUUCCACGUACCGGGACAUGGCACGGAAAGUGACGAGAAGCUUGCUCAACAGUUGCAGGAAGAGUUUGAAGAUGCAAAUAUGGCUCUCAUACGUCAAUUACAAAAUGAGGAGAAUGAGAAGGCUACCCGUGAAGCAGGAAGCAAGGCAGUUGCCCCGGAACUGAGAGUUGAUCACCCACCUGUCGAAAAAAUUGGGAAAGAGGAACUCGAGGUGAUUAAUGCCGGCACUCCUAAUGAGAGACUUAGGAUAAAGAAUUUCAAUAAGAAUGAAUGGCAGACCAUCAACACAACAGCUGUUAUUGCUAGGCAAUUCGGUGUAUGUGGUGCCGCAGCUGUUGUACACUCUCUUCGCAAUCAGUACCCCAACGAACCGUGGAUGCAAGGAAUGACCAACGAGCGCUUUUUGAAAGAUUGGCUUAAAACAGUCCCCAAUACUGGGGACCCGGGCAGGAAUAAAUAUUGGGAUGAGGAACAGCUCAAUAACGCCGUACAGAGACUGACAAAGGGGCAGCUUCAAAUUGCAGUAGUUCACAAAGGUCUCGAGAACAGUGAUAAAAAUGCUGCCGUCUCUAUUCCGGAGGCAGCCAUACUUACCGCGAAUGGUGAGCCUGCUAGGUAUUUAUAUUUGCACUUGACGCAUUCUGCUUUUGUAGUUGGUUCGAAAGGUGUCCCGUACCAGCAUUUCGAGGGAAUGAAAAGGAAAAACGGCUUUGUAGAGCAUAAGUAAUGAUGAGAAAGACACAGCUGGAGGAUCAAUGUUCCGUCACCUGGCGGUUUAAAUGUCUGUUUCUUCACUGGGUGGGAUGAUUGUUAAACGGUAUCUGUUUGCAUACUUUCAAAUUUGGUUCUCUUAAAAUGUGGAUUUUUGUUUUAUUUAGGACUGCUUA